CGACCGACUCAUCAUCAUUCACCUGAACCCAACCCAAGCAAGUGGAAGAGCAAGGGUGGGUGAUUAUAAUCCACUGCUCCAGGCUCCACCAUAAUUGCAUGCGCUCGCUCUUCUGAAAUUCCGCGGCGAAACCUCCAACGCCGCUGCAUCACCCACUCCUCCGCCACUUCAAUCCCUAAUCCACCGUCUCUGCCACCUCUGAGGUACUCCCUCCCUUCCUCCCUCCCUUCUCCACCGUCUUCGUCCUGUUUUCCCUUCCGAUUCCGAAGCUUUUAGGCAUAAUCAUCAAUCAAAGUAGUGAUUAGCCGAACUAGGUUACGAUUGUUGCUGCUGCUGCUGCUGCUGCUGCUGCUUGCUGUUGUUCUUCGCCAAUCGCCACUAGGUUUUUCGUUGCUCUGCUUAACAGUGUUUGUAUCUGUUCACGAGAGUGAAAUUAGGAUAUUGUGUCAUCUUGGAGAAUGGGAAGUAAUGGCACCGAAGAGAUCACUAGCGAUAUCAGCACUGGAAAUGCAGACACCACUAUUGAGAUAAAGAUCAAAAUGUUGGAUUCCCAAACUUUUACCCUCAGAGUGGAUAAACAGAUGCCGGUCCCUGCUCUGAAAGCACAGAUUGAAUCUUUAACUGGAGUGAUGUCAGAAAGGCAGCGCUUAAUUUGCCAAGGGAAAGUUCUAAAGGAUGAUCAACUCCUGUCUGCCUAUCAUGUUGAAGAUGGUCAUACCUUGCAUCUGGUUGCAAGGCAUCCUGAUCUAACACCACCAGGAAGUUUGCCCAAUCAUUCAGCGACUGAACCAAAUUCAAGCACAGGCCAUGGUUAUAGUAAUCAAGUAGCCCCGGGGGUAUUUAUUGAAACUUUCAAUGUGCCUGUUCAGGGCGAUGGAGUUCCUUCUGAAAUCAAUAGGAUUGUUUCUGCUGUCCUUGGCUCUAUGGGGCUUCCAAAUUUCGCAAGUGGUGGUGAAGGGAUUUUUGUCAGGGAGCAUGAUUCAACAGGCUUAGGAAGAACUUCGGAUUUUACUGGAAAUCCAUCUCGUCCACAACCUGAACAAGCAGGUUUCCGGAUUUCGUCAGAUAGUUCGCGUAAUUCUUUUGGAUUUCCAGCAGCAGUUUCUCUAGGGUCUCUAGGGUCUUUGCAGCCUCCUGUCAUUCCUGAUUCUUUGACAACUUUGUUGCAAUACCUAAGUCAUAUAAACCAUGAGUUUGACACAAUUGCUAGAGAAGGGGGGAAUAAUGUCCAAGCAGCUGAGGCUCAUAGGAAUGAAGAAAGGGGAUUCGUUUCUUCACGUUUGAGUUCAACACCAGAAGGACUUUCAUCUCCGGCAUCCUUGGCAGAAGUCUUACUUUCUACCAGACGGAUGAUCAUUGAACAAGCUGGGGAGUGCCUACUUCAACUUGCUAGACAGCUGGAGAAUCAUGCAGAUAUUGCUGAUCCCUUGUCGCGGUCAAGCACUCAAUCUAGGGCUUUGAGGACUGGAGUUAUGUUUUAUAACCUUGGUGCAUAUUUGCUUGAGCUUGGUCGCACAACCAUGACUUUGCGUCUGGGUCAAACACCGUCUGAAGCUGUAGUUAAUGGUGGGCCUGCAGUUUUUAUAUCGCCAUCUGGUCCUAACCAUAUCAUGGUUCAGCCUCUUCCUUUUCAACCUGGAGCAAGCUUUGGUGCUAUCCCUGUGGGAGCUGCACAGUCUAACUCAAGUUUAGGCGGUGGACUUGGCUCAAGUUUUUUCCCAAGGCGUAUUGAUAUACAGAUAAGACGAGGAGCAUCAACCACACCUGGUACCAAUCAGGAAGAGCAUGGUGAUACACAAUCUGCUUCAGUCCAAAGAAAUACAGGUGAAAGUUCUGUUAAUCAAACAACCUCUAGGCGUCCGGAUGCAUCUAUUGCGGGGGAGCCAGGAGUAAGGGUUGUGCCAAUUAGAACCAUGGUCGCAGCAGUACCAGUUCUUGGGAGAUUUCAAUCUUCUGUGAAUACAAAUAAUGAACAGGGAUCUCAACCAGCAAGUCAGCAACAUGCUGCGCCACAUUCAACUGCUGAGUUCACAUUGCAUAGGCAAAGCAUGGAAGAUUCUGCAAGGAAUGGAACCUUACCAACUCCAAAUACACAACAAGAGCCAUCAAGUUCUCGUGUUGUAAAUAUCAAUAUUCUGUCAGCUGGUGGGCCUGAAAACAAUGAAUCUGAGAGACAGGUACCAAGCAGUGUGCUUCAGUUUUUAAGGGCACUCUUUCCUGGUGGAGAAAUUCAUGUGGAAGAUCCAAGUUCACAAGGAACAACUGCGGGGGUUACCUCUGCUGCAACAUCAAGUGGUGCUGCUCAAGCCCCUGAAGCAGAACCCAAUGUUAGUGAAGAAGGAAUAUUUUUGUCUAAUUUACUCCGUGGGAUCAUGCCUGUCAUAUCUCAACAUAUAGGGCGAGGGGGAGAUUCUUCUGAAGAUCAAGUGACUCGAGAUCCAUCGACCCAGGUUGAAAUUGGUGCUGGGACAUCACGCAGACAGAGUGAUUCUGAAUCAAGCCCUCCUAAUUCAAAGCGUCAAAAGAUGGAGUGAUAUUGAGGAUAAUGUGCAAUAUGCAGUUUCGGAAGAUUGCGAUGAUAAGAAUCAGAUAUCAGGGUGUAUCUCUUGAUGGCUAUGUGGUAUUUUGUGCUUAUCUAGUUAUCUUUUUGAAGCAUGAUUUCACUUUCUCCUGCUGUAGAAAUUUAAGGAGACUGUUCUUCAACCGAGACAUGUUGCUUUACUAUAUUUUGCAUUGGAAUUGAGGUAAACUCAAUCAAUUUCGGUUAUGAUCUGAAAUGGGUAUAGAACAUUAGAACUUAAAAUUUGACGCCAUAUAAAUUUUCGGCUGGGUUACAUGAAAUUUCAGUGAACUGAUAUUUCUUCCAGGAUGCUUUAGCCAUCCAAUUAUAUUUUGAGGAACGAGGAGUAUCCCUAUAUUGAAUGCAUAAACGCACCGUUAUUUCAGAA